GAUAUGGGCUGUAUUUGCACGGCCGUAUCUUGAAUAUAUUGGGAUAAUGCUAUUUUGGCAAGCCAGUUGAUUACUGUGUCUUGCAGUGUUCGCUUCCGUGCUGUAUUGCCUUUCUGUGUUUCUUGGUGUUUAAAUAGUUUAGUUUUCCGGUUUUAAAAAUGAGCCAGCGGGAUGAAGAACUGGUGGAGGUUGUCCGGCAGUAUACUCAUUUGUGGGAUAAGACCCAUGCAUUGUUCCGAAAUAAAAACGCGAAAAACAACGCAUGGGCCACAAUUGCUGAUAUAAUGCACAUAUCUGCUGCCCAAGCCAUUAACAGGUGGACCACUUUGAAGGCGAGAUAUUUAAAAGAGCGGAAGAGAGCAUUGGAAUCCUGUUCAGGCACCGCAGGUGGUACUGAGGCAGAAUGCCCACUAUACCAAAAGAUGGGUUUUUUGGAUCCGAUGAUUAACCCUAGAAGCGCCCGCAGCAACAUUCAGUCUGAUGGCUCAUCUCAAACAACGAGUGAAGUGUCGGAUACAUUGGCGACAAUAAUGGGAAUGGUAGAGGAUGCGCCGCCAUCUCCAAAUGAGGAGAAUCAGGCGAGCACUCCACAGGCAGACGCGGAUACACAAGGUCAACCAGAAAGGCCGGAGUCUCAAGGGGCCUCGUCGUUACCCGAGAAGAGACUCGCGCAUCGUCGUCGACAACUGUUAAGGAGGGGUAACGCAUCCAGAGGCGUCCGAGUACCCGUACAGGUACAAAUAUACAAGCAGAUAUUGGGGAAAAUGGACGAGCUAAUACGCUUUAUAACGCAGCCUGAGGUGGAGAACGAGGAUAUUCUCUUCGGUCGGGCAUUGGCCAUGUCUUUGUCACACGUAAGAAGCCGCCAGAAAAAAUUGCAGUUCAAAACUGAAAUUAUGCGGCGGCUUGAACAGAUCGUAGCCGAGGAAGAAGCAGACCAGGAUCUGCAACACGAGGCAUAAGAGGGAUGGAAGCGAAACCUAUUUUUUCAAUUUAAAACAGUUUUUAUGUCAUUCUGUAUAAACGCUUCUAACCACAUAGGAGUUUUCGUCAAAACAACUACAUAGUGGGAUAUAUGGAGCUGCUGAUUUUCAUAAGUUGAAACGUUAUUGUACUAAGCUCUGAUGUAUAGUGUUAGAAAUUUUAUUUUAAUAUAUCUGAGUGGAGAUGGUUUUAUCGCUUUUGACAGUAUUAGAUAAAUACAUACACUCAAAAUGCGUUUCCAGUUCUGGUUGAGCAAGUGUUGAACUUUAAUUGACAUUCUUUUUACUGUUUUAGGUAUUCAAUGUACCCGCGCUGUAACGUGAAAUGUGUAUCAUUUUUUUAUAUAAAUUAUCAAUGCUUUUGCAAGAACAAAUUCUCGGGUUGUUUGCAUUAUUUGUAACAAAAGGCUUUCAUUAACUUGUCUCUAAAGCAGGCCUGAUAUUUGAGUUCGACGUGAUAUAAUGUGUGAACUGCCAUAAAAAUGGAUAUGGUCAAUGCUUAAAACCAUAUGUUUUAAGGUCGCCAAGUAUAUACAUUAAAGUUAAAACCUUGCCUUAGCAGAACAGGAAUAGGAUUAUGAGGUUACUUUAUAUUAAAUCUUUUUUAAUGUUGACUGUUAAUCAGAAAUUUUCGAAGUUUUGUUUUUCGCUGAGUAGAACUACUUCUUAGCAGAUAAAGUUCAAAAUACUACCUCAGGUACUCUGUGAUUUUUGUGCAAUCCUUGUUAUACAUAUCCUAUUUCACGAGUAUUCAUUACGGUAGAAUGACAAUCCAGUAAGAUUUCAAAAUUCUCCAUAUCGCCAAACGACACAUAAUUCUGACGAGUCCGUCAAUCCAAGGUAGACAGAGCCAUAUUUUAUUUUGUCUUUUUGGAUGCUACAACCUCGGUUAUUUAGCAAAGUUUGGAUUGGAUAAAAAACGCUACAAAAUUUUUUUGCUAGAUUUACACCCGAUUCAUUACAGCCAACGUUGCAGACUAACACAAAAAAGUCACUAGCUGAUCAGCUGCUUACCUCAGUAGACGUGAAAGCGUGAUGGAUACUCGUGAAUUAAAAUGUAGGUUGUAUUUAUACGCUAGUGGUAGUGCUGUGGGACAUUCAACUUGAUAUAUGGCUAAUGGUUGUCAUUGCUUUGUGAUAUUGAUUUUUCGAGAUAUAUAUAUUUCUUGACUGACAUCCAGAUUUUGGAAUACACUCCUUUAUUAGUGCCUUGGAUUUGCAACGACAAUGAUAUAGAUUUUGUG